UUCUUGAUUCUAGACUUGUUUUUUCCACUUCCCUCCUUCCAAGUUUCAAUAGAUUGCCGCCAAAGCCAAAUUGGCAGAGCUAUUUCUCUCUUUACUUGAUCCCUCCUCCGCUCCUCUCAAUAACAUAUUUCAGUUUCCGCCUCAAACAUAUUUUAGCGUUGGUCUUGCAAGAGGAACCCUAGAAUUCGCCAUCAAUGCCGAGUGAAACCAACUCGAUCCACCGUAGACCCAAAAGGAACCAAAAAACCGACCACCCCAUCCCACCCAUUGACGCUUCACAGCCAUUGCCGCACCUCCCUCAUGAAAUCAUCGUCGACAUACUCUCUAGACUGCCCGUCAAGUCUCUGCUGCGAUUCAGGUCCGUUUCCAAAUCAUGGCUUUCUUCGACUUCUUGCCCCGAAUUCGUGAAAACCCAUCUCGGUAUAGCAUCUAAGAGCCGGGAUUACAUCCACCACAGUCUUAUUUUGAGCUCUACACAUCCCCAAUUUAACGUCAAGUCCUGUUCACUUAAUUCUCUGUUGAGUGAAGAAUUGGAUAACAUGGUUGAACUAGAUUAUCCAGAUAAAGACCCUAAUCACUGCAUGAUGAUUGUGGGUUCCUGUAAUGGGUUGGUGUGCAUUGGUACUGAUUGGGACAGUAUAUUUAUAUGGAACCCAUCUACUGGACAAUCUAAGAGGUUGCCAAGUUUCGGGUUUAGUGAGGAAAGUGGUGGUUUUACCAUGCGAUUUGGGUUUGGUUGUGGAGAGUCUGAUUAUGACUACAAAGUGGUAGUGAUCUUCUCUGAUGAUGGUAGUUGGGGUUCAUGUGAAACCAGAGUGGAGGUUUAUACGUUAAAGACCGAUUCGUGGAAGAGGAUUCGAGACUUUGCCUAUGGUAUUCCUACAGAUUAUACAGGGAAAUUUGCGAAUGGGUCGCUCCAUUGGCUUGCACCCGGCAAAGGUUCAGGUUACACUCGUGUUAUUGCUUCUCUUGAUUUGGCAAAGGAGAUGUAUGGCGAGGUUUUGCUGCCUAAUUAUGAUGAUCUUGGAUACGGUUUGCGGUUGUUUGUUUCGAGAGGAUGCCUUGGUGCGCUCUGUGUCUACCCAGAAACUCGUGCUGAUGUGUGGAUAAGGAAGGAGUACGGCGUGAGAGACUCAUGGACUAAGUUGUUCACAAUACCUUAUCGUCCUGUACCAUGGAUGAAUGACUUGUCCACACCAUUGUGCAUUUCGAAGAAUGGUGAAAUACUCAUGUAUUUUGGGCAGCAAUUAGGUCUAUACAGUCUAGAAAAUGAGACCUUUAGGAAGCUAUUAAUUCCUAACUUCUGCCCUUCUCUUCAAUUGUGUACCUAUGUUGGGAGCUUAGUCUCGCCCAACAGUCACCACAUGGUUCAGAGGCAGCACCAAAAAGAGAAAAUGAAGAAAGGUACCCUCUUUUGACAUUGAUACCACAAAGCACAUUAGUGGACUAGUAGAAUAAGGUAUUUCAGUUGGUAAGGAGCCAGUUACCACACCUAAGGAAGUAGAGAUCUUGUGCUCAACUCCUGUCAACCCCUUGGAGCCACCUGCUUAAGAUAAUACGUGGUUUCCAUGGAUUGCAGUGUCCGGUAUUAGUUCUUUUGGUUUCCCUGCAAGUGGUUCCUCUUUCAGAGAAUCAGCUAGGAGUGUAGUAAAAUGAUGAAAUGUUAGGGACUAAAUUUUUAUGAAGGAACUCAUUUUCUGCACCCUUUUAAAUUGCAAAAGUUGAAUCCAAAUUAGAGCUCUAUUGUCAUUUGUCAGCAUUGCAUGUACAAGUUGCUCUGUUGAAUAGCAAAGAAAAUAUAAGGACUUAGGAGGUGUCUGUCAUUUAGGAAAUAGUGCUCUCUUUUUUCUACUUUUUCAUCAUAUGUAUGUAUGUCUAAUCAUUUAUGAUAGUUCCAGCGCUAUCUUCAUUUGACACUCGAACCCUUAGUUUUUUAGUUUUUUAUCUAUUGUUGUGAAUCCUGCUGUGAUAUAUCAUGGUUUAUAGCGGUGAUUUUUUCUUUCUAUAUUUUCAUCAUAUGUAUGUAUAUUUCUUUACUGAUACUAGUUCCUGCACUAUCUCCUUUUGUCGCUCAAACCCUUACUUUUUAAAUUCUGCUUUUGUGAAUCCUGUUGUAGACAUCAUGGUUAACAGAAACUUAAGCUCAUAACUCGAGUAAUGAAAUCAGAAACUUACACUGAUGAUGUGACUAUUUUAGUACAAAGUUCUUUUUGCUUAUUUUGAAGUAAACCAAUUUUUUCAAUGAUGGCCAUCACACUGGACUACAGAUACUGGCUAUUAUUUUCAGUAAUUAGUUGCUUUAAACUUGUUGGUGCCUAUUUUAUGCAUUUAACCAGAAACUAAUGAAGGCGAUGCUAUAACAUUCAUAAAUAACUAGAUGGUACUAUAGGGCUAAUGUUUAGGAACUCCUGCAGUAACCUUGUGUUGAUUAGCAACACAGGCUUGGUGUUUUCUUCCUACAUUAUUUAUAUUAGUAAACUUACUUGAACAUUCAGUUAUUUUUCUAAAAUGGGGUUUUUGGCAACUGGAAACCGCUUGUUGUUGCUUCCCAACUUUUGGCGAUGUCCUUCGAUUUGGCCCCGGAAUUUCGUAUAUCAUUAUCGCUAAAGGUUCCUGGCGUCAUGUUUUAUAAUCAUUGGAAGUGUAAUGAAUUGAACUUUUACAACACUAUCAUCAUGGAUGGCAUUCCAAGAUAGGGGAUCAAAAUGUUUUGAACGUUUUGCUUAGUGGAAAAUAGAGAAAUUAUUUCAUCACUAGUUAUACGUCAUAUUGGAAAUUCAGCUUCUUAAGAAAGUCCAAUAAUACAUAGCCAUAUCCAAAUUAAAGUCUCAACAGAUUGUAGUACUAAUAUUGCCAACAGGAUGUUAACAGGCUGCCUGUUUAUUGGCCAAAACACAUGUUAACUUCUAAUGUUCAUUAUGGUUGUAUCAAAUAAUCAGGCGUCUGCAUGUUGAAUUGAUUGGAAGGGAUGGAUUUGACUUGAUAGGCAGAUUAUUUUGAGCUUACAAUUGGUUUGGUUUUAAUUUGUUUAUUGAAGGGAUUCUGAUUUGGUUGGUGGGUAGUUAAUGAUGACUGAUUGAUCCUGUUAGUUUGUUACUAAUUGAUUUUGCAAUCUAGUAUUUUCUGCAUAUUUAUGCUAUUGUGUCACUUCACUCACAUCCAUAAACAAUCUUGUUACCUCCUCUAGUGUUUGAUUUGACAUAUCCAUAUUGUUCCUGUUACCGAACACAACUGAAGUUCACCCAUUCAUAGAAGAAAAAAUUUGCAAGCCACGAGAGGAAAACCAAGGACGGAUAACAUCCUGGAGGUACGAAUUGAAUCCCUUACUAUUCCAACGUAAACAUUAAAAGCAAUACAUUUUGAAUGUCAAGCCAAACCCGUCAAAUUUUCUGUGGAUGAGCUUCUUCAUCUGUUCUGCCCUUGAACAAUUAGACCAAGCCCCUGCCAUUGCUAGCUGGAAAAGUCAUUGUUCUCACUGCCAGGAGAGAUAUUCCCGGUCUUGUUUGCAUCCAAAUCCUUUGAAUUCUCAUAACUACACAACCUUGAUACUUUUGAUACUUCUUCCACAACUACUUAUCUCUCCUCUACAGAUAAUGGAAACCCAAAAAACUGCCAAUAUUUGGGUUUGAAACGCACUGCCCUUCUCCAAAUCUUUGUUCUUAAAGAACAAAACAUCAUUUGACAUCUCUUGGCUCAUUCUCAAGUAUCGCAAGACAUGAUCCCAGAAGGGGCCGAAUGCGACGACCCGCGGCAGAACACGUUGAAAGUUUCGCCUCGGCAAUUUAUUGAACUGUUAGUCUGUGACCGCAAGCCAAAAGGAGAUGAGCUGGUCCAGUGGAUUCUGGAGAAUAUAGACACUUCCACACUUGGAAUCUUUGAUGGAGGUGGGCAGCACCCCCAAUGGUGCGUGGGUGUUGAAAAUUCUUGGCUUGAAAUUGCAAAUUGCUCAUGGGGGCUGUUGGAUACCAAUGUGAUUUUUGUAACUGGUUAUUUGGUGUGGGGUACUUGGUGUAGAUUAGAGCUUUCAAACAGAUGCUAAACUGAUUUUGGGUAGGAAGUUCAUAUUAUAUAUAUGUGUUGUGUGCUUGGAAGCGCUGUUGGAAGGAAAUCUUGCCCCUGAUGGCUCUUGAUGGGCACCGAAAGCCUUGGUAGAUCUAGAGUGCAGUGCAGUCACGGUGUUUUUCUUUGGGAAGGUUUUUGAUCAAUAGCUCUAAUUGGUUCUCUUGUCAUUCUGCUCCCUCUUCUCUUUGCUGGGUUCUCCUUUUUUUUUUCUUCCUGCUUUAUCCGUAGGCGUGCAAUUGCGUUAGAUGCUUCUUACCUGUAUAGUGGUUGUCUAUACAAUGUAGUUUUGAAAGUAACUGCAUUUUCUUUUGGGUACAUGCAAGAGCAUCUUGUACUAUUCUAAAACCUAGAGGUCGCAGGGAGUGAACCUCAGUAGAUUGUGUUUUCUAUACUUUCUGACCUGUAUUUUGACAGUCUGAUUAAAUAGUGUAGUUUCUUUUCGGUGUGUGCAUAGCAAGAGCAUAAGUUUUGAGGCAAGGAACCCUACUAUGACACAUACUACACAGUUCAAGAGCCUAAUAAGUGUUAAUACCGCUAGUUAGAUGCAUUUUGUUUGAAGAUAUUCGAAAACCUCUCUGGUGGAACUCCUAUGAGUCUAUGACAGGUAGAUAGGGCGGGCAAUACUCAAAGGGGAUUGAUGUCUGGGUGGUUGAAAGAGUUGGUCUAUCUAUGUUAUUCUUGUUUUAUGCGCACAAAAUGGUGGGUUGUCUUUCCUGAUAUUCUUGUCAUGGAAUAACCAGUCAGGGACUAGUAUUAGAAACAGAUUCACGAGUGAUUUAUUAGACUUUGAAUUGGUAAGUUGAAUCAGAAAAUUGUAUUUUUAUUGUCAGCAUUUCAUUUUCGUCGUUGUUUCUAUUUCUUCUGAAUUAGCCAACGAAACUAUUAGGAAGUGCAUGAUUGCUGAAGUAGAUUCACGGUUGUGGUUUUCCCUCUGGAUGUAUUUGUGUGCGACACUAUAAAACUAAAUAGAUAUCUAAUCAUCAGUCAUUGGACAUGAACGGUUUGGGUCAUGCAGUUGGCCCUAGGGUGGGCACCUAUGUGAGGGCACAAGACUUUGGGAAAAUUGAGGUAAUACUCCAUCUGGGACUUGAACCCUGCACCUUUCGGCUAAGAGGCAAUUACGAAGAUGUAACAAAACAUAAAUGUCGUAAUUAGUACCCAAUGUUCACUUGGCCUGCAAGUAAUUUCAUUGCACGUAUCUU